GACGUUUUGGCAGUCGUGCUUUACACGGUUGAUUGAUUAUGUAAACAAUUAAGAUGGCGUCUCACCAGUGGGUUCCUCCGCUACCGCCGGGUUAUGAAGCCCGAUGGGACCCGAAUCAGAGGGCUUAUUUUUUCAUUAACCACACCACGAAGGCAACAUCAUGGGUAGAUCCUCGUUUUCCGCAGCAAGCUCAGCCCCAGAAUCAGUCAUACCAAACAACUGCACAGGCCUUGAACCAAAGCGGACAAUUUGGCAGGAGUUAUGGGCAAGAAACAAAAAUGAACACAAUGUUCAAACAGUAUGGAGGCACCACAACUAUACAAAGUUCAGGCACAGAAUCUGACAGCGAUGACGAUACCAACUUUGACCGUCUUUUCGGCAGUACUGCUGAGGAAGGGAAAGUUGACCUUCUGAAGGUACAGGAGUUGCGCCAGUCGUUUCCUGAUGCCCCGGAGGAUUUAAUCUCCCAGCUUCUUAAAACGAACAACAAUGUUGUUGUGAAGGUUGGCAACAAGCUAUUUGAGAUGGGGUACAAACGUGCAGCCGGGGUGCACCAUCCCCCACCCAGGGGUAAUGACAUUCAAGAGAGGCUUGCCGCCAUGUUCCCUGACGCAGACCAUGAACUUAUGACUGAGCUGCUUGAGGCUUGUGGAGGAGACGAAAAGGAAGCCAGAGAGACACUAGAGCGUGUGGGGUACAAGCCUGUGUUUUCCGCCACCCAUCGAAACCCCUCUGCACAGGGGGCAAGGGCCAGGAGUCCCGCAAAAUCACCCACACCGAGGCAGACAACAACUCCUACUAAGAAAACCUCACCUUCGAAGACUCAUCAGCAAAGCCAGCAAAGGGCAAGAACUCCGGAUAAGCCCAAGCUGACAGAAGGACAGAAGACACAGUUGAUGUCAAAGUUGCAGAGGGAGUUCACAUCAACCGACAAGACGGUCAUUGAGAUGGCUUUUCAGGUGACUGAUUGGGAUGAAACCAAGGCCCGAAGUGUCCUUAAAGACAUGGCUAAUACCAACACGACCAGCAGGCCAAGUACCUCCCAAAGUCGCCCGAGCACCUCCAACUCCAGGACUAGAUCACCCUCCCCCACCCCUGCCGUCAGUCCAGCCUCCCUGGAGCCUGUGGCAAUGUUUGAUGAUGAACCAUCUAGGCCAAGCACCAGUACAUCAAGCCACAGGCCAGGCAGUACACCGGCAUACAAGAAAUCCUCUGAAUACUAUUCACGCCCAUCCACUGGAGCAUCCUCAUACAGCAAGAUUGGCUCGAACGUUUCGUCGUAUACAAGUCAAGUGAAAUCUUCAAAGACUGGGUCAAGUUCUUCAGGUGGUUCUUCAUCGAAGAGCAGGACGAAGCCUGCACCUUUGUCCACACAGCAGACGAAAAAUGUUACUGAGUUAAGUAAAUCAGUCCUGAAAUCUACAAUAGAAACUCUGAACACUAUUACAAAUAACGUAAACUGCUGUAAGCGACCAGUUUUGGAGACUGAUAUUGAUGCUGAGGACCAUGACCAAUCAGUGACAGGGGAUGAGUCACAUGAUCAGCAAUCAGCCAAUGACAACAGUCACCGCAGUAAGCGUCCUGUGACUGGGCAGCCUACUAGAAGACCUGAGCAGUAUGUUUCCCAGUACAGGACAGAGGCCAGAGGACCAGACCCCAGUUACCAUAUGGGACCCAACAAAGCCCUUCUGCUGACUGAGUACACAAGAGCCAGUGGCCCAAACAUGGCUCUGAGAGAAGGGCCUGACCCAAGUAGAGUUCAAGGGUCACAAGGGGCCAUGGGCCCAGACCGGGCUCUAUGUUGUGGUCCUCAACACCAACUAGCUAUGGGCCCUAACACAAAUGCAAGGCAGCCGGCAUAUGUGUAAGAAAGUGGGGAUGCCGGAAUGAUGAAUUGGUGGAGAAGUGAAAUGGGUUUGAUAAACAAUGGACUGAAAUAAAAAUAUAUAUUGAAACAACAAUUGAAUGGAAUGAAAUUUGUCAUGGCCAAGAGAGAUUUGCAAAGCAAUUAUUAUUUUUUGAAUUCUUGUUCUACAUACAUGAUUAAAUACAAACUUAAGUAGUUUUAGGUGAUUAGUAUGUGCUGUUGUUUCAAUGGUGUUUUAAAAAUCUAUGAAUAUUGUAAUAUACAAAAUCCAAAAGUUAAAUUUAGACAUUUGGAUGAACAAGCCUUGUGAUAAGAUCCAGCAUUUGAGGAAAGCCCUGAAAACAUCUUACCAGUGCAAGUUUUGCGGGCUUGUGCUAAUUUUGACCAAUAAAAGUUUUUACCUUAUAUCAAAUGAGUAUCCUGCAAACAUGAAGCGCAAUUACUUAAAAAAAGUGCAAAUCUGCGCUAUUGAAAUAUUUAUAUCAAGCAUUCUGUUCAAAUAUUAAUUUUCUAAUAAAAAAAAGCUAGAUACAUGUAUGUUAAAGCAUGCAUGUUUAGUUGUUUGUUUUAUAAUAUCGCAGUGUGAACAGGUUAUGAAACUCCACUCUUUUGUAAAAAAUACAUUGUUUGUUUAUAGUGUUUUUUACCUAUAGUAAGAUAUUUUAUCCAGUCUAAUGUAUAUGUACGGUGUCCUUUUUUAUCCUGUCAGUUAACAUAUAUAAUUUAUGUGCAUAUAUUUGUAUUGAUGUGCCCCGGUGUUGUGACACUGACUGUACAUUUAUAUUAAGAGAAAGUGUUAUUAUCAAAGUACUCACAAUUGUCAUGUCAAAUUUGUUGUUGUCCGUGAUGGGGUAACUUAAUUUUAAACCCAAUUAUAGACACGAGUUUACUUUGUAGAAUUACCCCACCCGGCAUUUCGUUUACUGUUUCCUGCUAAUCCAACGUAUAUUCCGAUUUAGAACAUGCAAGCAACUUAGCUAUAUUGUGUAACAGACUUAUAUGACUUCAUUUCAUAAGCUUCUUACUUUUAAAACAUGAGGAAUAUCACGUAAUUUUGUCUGUUUCAUAGCAACUUAUUGCAAUAUCAUAGUCAGUCAGCCAUCUUGUUUCAUUGAUUUUUGACAUUUACGUCACAUCCUUUUACCAAGGUUGCUAUAACCGCGAAGUUUAAACUCUAGAGGUUGAUAAUUUUACCUUGUAUUGUUAUUUUGCUUUGCUUUAGCGCUGAAAACUUAAGGCGAAAAUGUAUAUUCUAGCAUAACUAUCUUAAUCGCCAUAUUUUCAGCGGUUCUAUUUUUAGACCGAUCAAAGUUUUACUAGUCGAUUCAAUUUUAGGCGAUCGAUCGCAUUUUUCUAGAUCGAUCAGCUGUAGUCGAUGCGCUUUUUUGGUGUCGAUCUACGAGUCGAUGCAGUAGUCUGCAUCACGCAUAUAUAAGGAGCGUAGAUUUUUGCUCAGGAGUUCUCCAGUUUUCUUUCGUGGCGGAAGCCUGCGUUUAACAUCUCGGCAUUUUUUAAAGUAAUUAUAGCAUAAAAGAAUCAAGAAAUAUUAAAGAACAUUAGUUAAAUAAUAAGUGGAACCGUUUUACAACGUUUAAGUAAUUUAUAAGAUUUUGCUAAAGUUUUAUUAACAUUUUAUCAAUUUAAGGCGCUUGAUGGCUGACUGUUUUAGUAUUUGAUUGACAGGGAAAUAAAACUGUUUUAGUCAUAAACAAUAACAACAUUUUAGCCUUUCUCAAAACGACGGUUUUACCAUGCAUGUUUUCUUGUUGAUGUUAACAUAGUAAACUGAAUAAAUAUUUUAACGGUUA